AUGAACGAUCCAAAGGCCCUUCCUAUUGACGACGAGGAAAAGGAAAUUGAGCAGAAAAUGAUCAAGAUCAUUUCCCUCAUGCCAAAGGAAGUCCAAAACAGAUUCAAGGUUCUGAAGGUGCUUUCUGACAAGAGAAGCAAACUCUCAGAUCAGUUUGAGGAGGAAAUCAAGGCUCUUGAUGCCAAGAUUGCCGCUAAAAAGAAGCCACUUUAUGAAUAAAGAAGAUAGAUCAUCUCAGGAGAACUCAAGGACUUCUCUCAGUUCACUCCUCAAUUCGAUACCACUCACAAGAAACUUCAAGAGGAGUGCGCUUUGAUCGUAACCAAGAAAGCUAAUGAGAAGAAGGAAGAGAAAGACGAUGAUGAGGAACUCAAGGUUGUUGAUGUUGAAAACCUCAAGAAUGUAGAUGGUGUUCCUGAUUUCUGGUUCAGAAGCAUUAAGAACAAUCAAAUGAUCUUUGAGUUAGUUAAGGAAAAGGAUGAGGAAAUUCUUAAGCAUUUAAGACAUGUUGAGACUGAGAGAACAGACAAGCCAAAGUCACUAUUGGUAAGAUUCUUGUUCAAUCAGAAUGAAUUCUUCACCAACACUGACCUUAAUCUUAAAAUCUUCUACAAGGGUGAUGAUGACGAGGUUGAGAAAAUUGAAGGAACUGAGAUCAACUGGAAUGAAGGUAAAGACCCAACCAAAAAGAAGAUCAAGAAGAAGCAAAAGAACAAGAAGACCAACGAGACCAGAACUAUCGUCAAGACUGUAGAAGCAGACAGUUUCUUCAACGUCUUCCAAAACAGAACUGCCCCAGAUGAAGCCGCUGGACUCGAAAGUGAAGAGGAAAAUGAACUCCACGAUAAAAUCGAUCAAGCAUUGAACCUUGCUGAAGAUGUUGAGGAUGUUCUCAUUCCAGAUGCCCUUGAAUACUAUCUCGGAUUAAAUGACGAUCUUUACGAUCCAGACAUGAUGGGUGAUGAAGAUGGUGAUAGUGACGGAGAGGGAGAUGGCAGUGACGGCUCUGAUGACGACAAAAAGAAAAAGAAGAAGGGUAAAGGUGAUAAGAAAGGUGGAGAGAAAGGACCAGAUGGCCAACAACAAGAGUGCAAACAACAAUGA